AUGGAUGAAGUCGAGGGUGAUUUCUCAGGCGAUGAGCAACCAACAUCGUCGACAGCAGCAGUUGAUGCCAUGUCUUGUGGAGCAAUGAACUUUGCUCAGCAACGACCAGUUAGUAAUGCAACUGUUGAUAAUGAAGAGAGUGUAUACGCAGGCAGUUCACUUUCAAAUUUACAUUGCAUAUCUCAACCAUCUCAACCCCAUCAUACAGCUGCAGUAAUGUCCACUAGUAAUGUUGGUGUUGUCAAUGAAAGCAAUCAUGGAACAUCUACAGAUAUUAAUGCUUUUACUCGAAAACAGCGCAAGAAAUGGAAUGAUAUAAGUGUUGGCCCUCUUUCUGAAGCACCAGUAUAUGCAACCUCAUUGAUAUCGCAAUCGUUGGAUAUGCCUUGCAAUGAAGCAUAUGUCUUUCCAUCCUCAACACCAUCAUCAUCCAAAGAAAAUGUCUUAAGUGGAUUUAUGACAAUGAAUGGUACUAAAAUUCAUUAUUCGCCUCAUACCUCUGAGCGAGAUGUUCACAAAGGAGUUCCAAAUUCCAUAUCGGCGUCGGGAAUAGCUGAUUUACAGCAGCAAAUGAAUUCUUAUACACCAGAAGUUGUGCGAAAAAGCUGUAUUCUUUCUGACUCAUACAGUACACCGAUGAAAGUUUCAUCUCCUGUAUUACCUCAGUCAUCUAAUUUAUCGUUUAAUCGAGAUAACAUGAAGCGAUACAGUCUAACAAAACGUCUUAAAGGUGUUGGAGGCAGUGAAUCACAAACCGUUUGGACACCACCUUUGAUUGGUAACAGACGAUCCACUAGUAGUAUGCAUUACGCUACGAUAUCAGGGCGAAAUGUUCCUGUAACGCGUCGAAAAUCCGAUUUGCACGCUACCCUAUCGCGUUUGUAUCAGCAACAACAACAGGAACAAAAUAAUUUAAAUACAGCAGCUAUAGGUCGAACUUUAAGUCCACUAACUCGUUGUCAAGGCAUCAGCGGUGUUUUUAAAAAUCGACGAAUGACAGUUGCAGGUGCUUUUGAUUCACUUUCGUCGCAAACAUCACUACCUGUUAGAGCUCACAUUGAUCCUUGUUUUCCAAGUGUUUCAUGUUUGUUUUUAACAAAAUUGAAAUUUUUUCUUGCAGAAGAUGAUUAUGCUUCAUCAGAUCUACAUCUGCGUAGUCGCAGUCAAAGCCCCUCUCAACUUGCUCUUAAUGUAUUGGGAAACGAAAAGCGUCAAAGACAAGAUUCGGAUAUGUCAAUGUAUUCAGUUUUGACAGUGGCUUCCAACCGCUUAACACCAUCGUCUUCACGAACGAAUCUUAGAGCAGUCAGUGUUAAUAAGCAACAGUCAUCGCAAACGCUAAAUCGAUUAUCAGGAUUGCGUGAUAGAUUACGCAAGUCCCAAGAAAAUUUGGCGGGGUUACCAGUUGAUGAUAGUUUUUCAACAGCUUAUCCAAGCGCUAUCUCACGUUCAAGGUCAUACGGCAAUCUGCGAUUGACAGCCGCUAUUCCUUUGAAUGCAAAUCGAUCUGAUUUUGGUUCUUUUUUUGGCAGUAACGCUGAUUCUGGUGGAUCUUAUUUGUCUCGAUUGAAUGAGUUUACUCCAGCCCAUUUAAUUUGCAGCGGUCUAAACACACAAAAUCGCUUAAUUGCUCGGUCCGUUGGAAACUUGCACAGUAGUCUAAGAAAGAGUGAUUCUUUAAAUGCUGAUGGUUUUCUGAAAGAACAAAGAAGUCUGUUAGAUGUAAAAAACGAGCGAAAUUUAGCAAAAACGAUUGAGUGUUUGAAGAAAGCGAGUAAUCCGGAUCUUUCGCGUCUUGGAGUUAGCGAAGUAAAUAAUGCUUUUAUUGAGGCGGAAAAUGAAGCUGAGCAUUCAUUUACACUAGCUUUUUCCACGCGCAAUCAAAAAGGAAAAGGCGCAGUUCAGAAACGAGUUGAGAGAUAUCAACCUCGAAAUCGAUUAUCUCGAGAUACAACAAGUGGAGAAAGCGACAGCAAUAGUUCAGAAGUUAAUACUUCGCCGAUGUUACAAAUUGGGGGGACAUCUGGACAACAGUUGACACCACGUCGUUACUUUACGACAGUUAAUAAUUCAAGCAGGAGUAUAUCUUGUGUUGAAAGCAUGCCGAGACCAGGAGUACUUCAGACACGUCGUAUUUUUGAACCUCAACAACGACAUAGUUCUUCAAAUUCACAAAAACGAGUUCCUAAUUAUUUAGCUCAGAAACUUGCUAGUGAAGAAUAUUGUAGUGAGGAUAUUGUGGCACCUGAUAUGAGUAGCGAAGAGUAUCUACGACAUUCAACACCAUCAAGUGAAGUGGUAGCAUUCCAAGACUUUGACGGCAAAACUCAUCAAUCCAAGCGUUUUUUUGCGAGCAAACAAAGAAGAGAAAUUCAAAAUGAUAUUCAUAACUGGUUGACAUUACCUGAUCUAGAAAAAUAUUCAUGGAUAGAAGUAAUUUAUUGGAAAUCUCGUCCUGCAAAUUCUAAAUUUUAA